AUGGCGCUGUGGCACGCCGAUAUAAAGCAGCUCUUCCGGGAGAGAUUUAUUUGUGUCUUCAGAACAUUUACCGCUAGUCUUAAACCUGUCAGUGUUGGAAUAGGUUUUAGGAGCCGAACCCAGUCAUGUGGACGAUGAUGGAGGCUGAAUAAACCCAGAGGAACCGUGAAUCUUCGUUGGAAGAUCGAAGCUGCUGCAGAAAAUAAAGCAAAGGCAUCUUAGAACCUAAAAAACUGCAGAUUGAUCCAUGAGCUUUAAACGCUGGGUGUAAAACGGAAAAUUGGAAGCAAAGAGAGGAUGUCAGAAAAUAAAAGCCUCCGAGCAGAUGGCCACAGAGCACUCAGUGUGGUCCUCGCCAUACCUGCUACAUCAGAACUGGAGCAGACACAAGUCGGCAAAGAUCUCAUGCAGCUUGGUGGAAAAAAAGGUUCUCUGAGCUUCAGUGAGCUGCACCCCAAGAGAAUGGAGAUUAAGGUUGAAGAGAGGGAAAUCAGAAUUUCACUCUCUGCUGAAAAUGUGAAGACUCAAGAAGGUGACGGGCUACAUCAGCCAUUGCUGCUUCAUCAAAUCAAAACCGAAGAUGAUCGAGAGACAGAGCCCUCAACCAGCAGCUCAGCUGAGCAGAUGAAGAUAGAGACUGAUGGAGAGGAUUGUAGAGGAGCAGAUUCAGAUUCUUCAGAUACAGAUGUCAGUGGUAAUGAUUGCUGGCCAAAAUCUGCUGAUACGGGAACUGAAGCCGAGGAUGGUGCUGGAAGUCUGAAGCAGACCAACACAACUGAGCCAUGUUUGAAAGAUCAUGAAAGCCGUGACGCUGUUACAACAUCCUACAGCUGCUCUGAGUGUGGGAAACUGUACUGCCGGAAGUGGUCCCUCAUGAAGCACUUGCACGUUCACUCUGAAGUGAAGCCAUUUCUCUGUAAAAACUGUGGUGAAACAUUUAGCCAAUAUAUGCAACUUAAGAUGCAUAUGAACAUCCACAAAGGUGAGAAACAGUUUUGUUGUGAAUACUGUGGAAAAACAUUUCAGAAUAGCUCAACUCUUAAGAGGCAUGCUCAAAUCCACUCUGGACAAAAGGGGUUUAGUUGUGAUAAAUGUGGAAAAAGCUUUAGUUUUAAGUCGCAUCUUAAGUCGCACCUGGUCGUCCACACAGAUGAGAAACCUUUUUGCUGUAAUGUUUGUGGUACAAGUUUCCGCAGGAAGGGAGAAGUUAAGCUACACAUGAGAGUGCAUGUGGGAGAAAAGCCAUCCAGCUGUACAGUCUGUGGGAAAAGUUUUCAUUGUAAGCUGCACCUUAAAACACACAUGGAAGUCCACACAGGAGAGAAGCUGAAAACGUCCUUCAGCUGCUCUGAGUGUGCUAAGAAGUUUAGCUACAAGCGGAGCCUCACAAGACACUUGCUGGUCCAUGCUGGGGAGAACCCAUUCACCUGUAAGCACUGUGGUGAAAGGUUUAGAAAACAUAGGCAUCUGAAGACCCACAUGAAGCUUCACAUAGAAGAGGAACCGUUCAGCUGUGAGGAUUGCGGACAGAUAUUUAAACUGAAAGCAAAUCUGAAGUCACAUGUUCUUGUCCAUGCAGAUGAAAAACCUUUUUGCUGUGAUGUCUGUGAUAAAAGUUAUCCUCGACUCUCAAGUCUUAGGAGACAUAUGAGAGUUCACUCUGAAGAGAAACAAUUCAGCUGUGGGGACUGUGGGAAAAUGUUUCAUUUUAAGUCAUGUCUAAAGUCACACAUGGUUGUUCACAUUCAUGAGAAACCUUUUUGCUGUAAUGUCUGCGGGAAAAGUUUCCGUAGGAAGGAAGAACAUAAUGCACAUGUAAAAGCGCACAGUGGAGAGAAACCUUUUGGCUGUGGCACAUGCCCCAAAACAUGUGUCAAACGCUCAGGCCUCAAAAUGCACAUGCAGGUCCACAGAGUUGAGAAAGCCUUUCAGUGUGAUGUUUGUGGGAAAAGAUUUUGCACAAAAGAAAAGCAGGAGAACCACAUGAAAGUCCACACACAAGAGAAAUUUCAUGAGUGUAGCGUGUGUGGGAAAAAAUUUAACAAAAGGGACAACCUUAAGAUACACAUGAGAAUUCACACUGGUGAAAAACCAUUUGUUUGUGAGGAUUGUGGAAAAAGUUUUAGUUCAAAAGGGACUCUUUUCAAUCAUAUGGUGGUUCACAUGGUUGGAAAACCUUUCAGCUGCAAUGUUUGUGAUAAAAGAUUUCGCAGGCCAGUUGAGCUUAAAAUCCAUAUGAGAGUUCACACGGGAGAGAGACCGUUUGAGUGUGACGUCUGCGGGAAAAGAUUCCGCCAAACCUCCCAACGUAAGGUCCACAUGAGAAUCCAUACAGAAGAUCGACCGUUCGUCUGCCUUGUUUGUGGUAAAGCAUUUCGGUCCCAGGGUUCACUUUCAAAACACAUGCCAGUCCACACUGGACAAAAACCGUAUAGCUGUAGCUUUUGCCGCAAAGGUUUUAGCCAAAAAUAUAAGCUAACAUCUCACUUGAAAACUCACAAAGUGAAGCAGUUUGAGCAAAGACAAAGUGAGACAUAAUAGAGGUCCAAAUUCUAGCUGGGAGAGAAAAAGCACAGACGGUCAAUUAUGUUUGAAUUUCAGCCUAGAACAAGAUAAUGGGCUUUUCAUGUCAACCUAGCAGGUGUGUUUUGCAAAUGAAGAAUGCAGAAACUGACCAGACUUGUAAAGAUUGUUCUAAAAACUUCAGUGUGCCCCCAAAACAUUUUGUUUUCACUGAUGUUCUGUGUGGAAAUUAUUUCAGUCAUGUAAAACAAUGUAAAAGCCUGCUGAUUUCCAGCCAAAAUAUAAAUUUGUUAAAAACAAAAUCCUC